UUUUAUUUUUUAUUUUUUUUUUUUUGUAUGACCAAAUCAAACCAGGAUGUGUAUUCAACCAAUAAUAACAUAAGUCAAUCUUUUUUAUCACCUCCUCCACCAUAUACGCGUAGAGCAGAUGAUUAUCAACAAGAGGAAGAUGAUUCUGUUUCUAAAAUGCGAAAAGUGAUUCAAGAUACCUAUCAGAUGAUGCAAGAUUUUCAGUCUAGGUUAGUUAGCCUUGAAUGCACCAAUCAAGUCCUGAUCUCUGGUUUAAACCAAGGGUCCCUUCAAACAAUGUAUGUGAAAUUCUCUUCCUCAUUCUUAUUAGGUGUUACUCAUUUUUCAUACAACUUUUUUUUUUUUUUUAGACAUCCAAACCCAACAUCACACUUCGUUUUUAAUCAUCAUGACAAUGACAGACUUAUCUCAAUGAAUUCCACCGUACAGAAUCUACUACAGGAAGCACAAUCGAGCUUGAAUCGUACGUUUACAACGAUAUCCGAUAAACUCGAAGUGAACGAACAUUUAACUACACCCAUAAUAGCAAUGACAUUGGAACAACAAUCUCGAUAUCGAACCAGCCAACGUAACCUCGAGACAGCUUUGGAUCAAUUGAUGAAUGAAGUCAACACGUUCACCACUACCACCACUUUGCCUUUUCCAUCGUUUCAGCCAUUAAUAUCCAAUAAUAAAAUCACCAAGCCAUAUCUAGAACAACAUAAUUAUCAUAUCUAUCAUCAUCAUCAUCACCAUUAUUAUCAUCCAACACCUUCUUCUCAGACAUAUAUGAACGAUCUAUAUGAAACUACUUUUUCAAACGAAGACGAUGAUAAUGAUAAUGGUUUAUCCCAUUUUUCAACAACGAACGAACAGCUUACUCACCAAGGCAUCAUAGAUACCAACAACAUGUUUACUAGUGCAACUUCCAAAUCAUUACAAAUGGUACAAUCAUGGUUAUCUCCUUUCCAACUUCUUAAUACAUCAUCACCAACAACAAGAACAACAACAUUAGCUGAUAACACCCAUUGUACAUACUUACCUACUACUACUACAUUAUCAUCGAAACAGCAACAACAAAACCAAUCGCGCCACGCUCCGUUGUACCGCGUUCUGUUGACUCUUUUUGUGGUGGGACGGUUACUUUUACACCAACGUUGUGCGUCCAUCCUUGGUCGCUCUACCCUUGAUCAUCACCAUUCUCUUUUAUGGCGUCGUUAUCAUUUGUAUAUUUUUGGAUCUUUACCUACCACCCCUUUUACCUCCACUCCUCUUCUUCGUCAGUAUUUGUUAUCUUUAGUAUAUAUCACUCAAUUCUUAUACCAUCCUUGAUCUUUUUCUCUCCUUUUUUUUUUUUUUUUUUUACUC